AUGCGGCUUUCCAUGACUCUGGGUCUGCACAACAACAUUGCAAAGUCGCAAUUGCCGGAUCUAGCUGCAAGACAAAAGAGAGCACGUCUGUGGUGGACGGUUUAUGCGCUUGAUCGUUUUAUUGCCAGCAAGAUUGGACAUUCUGCAUUCAUCCAAAACGACGAUAUAGAAGUCAGUCCACCUUCAGAUACUGGCCUUACCGAUGCGCANAAGGGCGAUGUGGUCAGCGCCGAUUAUCUCUGCGCGAGUAUGCGGCUGGCGAGCAUCGCUGGUGAAACGAUUUCUACCUUGUACAGUCGCAAGAAGAAUGAUCGACCAUUUGUUCAGAAGGUGCAAGCCAUCUUCAAAAGCCUUCGAGAUUGGUCGGCGACACUACCGGAAAGUGUCAAGAUGUGGCCAGACAAGCCCGCAAGCUGGCAUAUUGUCGCUCUACAUCUCUCCUUCAAUCAAUGUGUCAUCCUCGCCACAAGACCAACCUUGCUCCAAGUCUUUCAUGUCACCAACCGCACGAAUCGAAGAGAUGAGAUUCCUCAAGCUACAUUCAUGCUGGCCGAGACCUGUGUGCAUACUGCGAGGCAUACCUGCCGUCUCAUAACCCAAGCCUGGACAGCACUUCCAGCUCUAGAUUAUUCGUCGGCGCAGUAUCUCUAUGCUGCUGCGACCAUUCUUGCGGUCUCUAGCCUCUGUCUCGGGUGUAGUGGUGCACAGGCAGACAAGGAGACAUUCCAAUCUGCACACCAUCUCAUGAAGCAACUCGAUCGGCUAGGAAACAUUGCUGCAAGAGAAUUCUGCCAGCACCUGGACGCUGUUCUCGAGUGCAUCUCGAAAUUCGAGGCCGAGAAGUCUGAGCAGUUGCUGGGAGUCGCGCCGCAACAACUGUCAAGCAUUGAUCCGCUACGAAUGGACGAGAUGACGAGCGAGAUGGCAAUUUUUCAGAAUGUGCAGGACUUCUUGUCGUAUGAUAACGCUGAUCUGGAAGCGCUCUUUCCUUUUGACGCGACCGAUAUCUGGCCGUAUGUGUCGAUGCCGGACUUUGAGGCGUGA